GACAAGGUCUGAUCAGCACCCUGGAGUGGACAGCUCCCUCGGCCACCGGUUAGGCGGUCUAACGGUUUAGGAGGUCUAGCGGGUUAGUAGGUCUGGUGUGUUAGGAGGUCUGAGGGGCUUCCUGACCAACUCUGCUUUUCGAAUUUACCGGGCAUGAAUGCUGUUCCUAAGUCCUCGCCCAUCACCCCACAUGAGCCGUCCACCUCCCAGAAGCACUGCACACCGCCGUAACUAGAGGCGCACAGACCCGGGCCGCCUUGGUCCUGGCUCCUGGGUCUACCGCACCCAUUCCCCCCCGCAUCUCUUCGGCUCCUGCAGAAACCUUUGGUCUACCAGCGCCUCUGCUUCCACCUAUCCCUUCUCGCCAGUUCGUCGCCUAGAACCACGCAAGCCGCACGCCAGCUUUCCCGACCAGAAUCUCACGACCACCACUACCACCGCUACCACCACCACCUCGCAUCCCGCAUCCCACCCCCCCCCUCGGCUCGACCCCCAUUCCUCCGCCCCCACCUCAGGCCCCGCCCUGCGCCACUCCCUCCCCUCACCCCUGCGGCGCGGCUCGCUGCCGCGGUGUCCUGGCAGGGCGCUGAGGUGUGUCGCCGACGGGUGUCGCAGGGCGUGUCACGAGGUGAGUGGGGAGACAGAGGCCGCGAGCCUGAGCACCAAGGGCGCGCGGUGCUCCUCACCCCUCCCCCUCACUGCCGGCCCGCGGUUCCUGGGAAGAUGGCGGAUCGCGCGGAGAUGUUUUCUCUCUCAACCUUUCACUCGCUGUCGCCUCCGGGCUGCAGGCCUCCCCAGGACAUAAGCCUGGAAGAAUUUGAUGAUGAAGACCUAUCUGAGAUCACGGACGACUGUGGCCUGGGCCUUAGCUACGACUCCGACCACUGCGAGAAGGACAGUCUCUCCCUGGGUCGCUCAGAGCAGCCGCACCCUAUCUGUUCCUUCCAAGAUGAUUUCCAGGAGUUUGAGAUGAUCGAUGACAAUGAGGAAGAGGAAGAUGAGGAGGAGGAGGAAGAGGAGGAAGAGGAGGAAGAUGGAGACGGGGACGGCAGAGCAGGGGGAGGAUCUGGUUCACAGGAACUUUCUGGAGAAUCCCUUAUUCCCUCUCCUUCCAUAGAGGAGUCCCACAAGCUCCGACCCACCACCCUCCACCUGACUACACUUGGAGCCCAGGACUCCCUCAACAACAACAGCAAUGGAGGCUUUACCUCUGCGCCCCCAUCUUCCUGGCAGGAAACAGUGCUGCGUUCACCAGUCCAGGAGCCCCUUAAAGAGCUACCAGCCCCUCUCUUACCAGCAGAAGAGGAGCACCAUGAGGUACAGUCCCUUGCACGCCCUGGUUGUGACUGUGAAGGGAACCAGCCGCCAGAGCCACCAGCAUCAGGUGGGGCUUCCCCUUCCUCGGAUCCUGGUAUCGAGGCUGACUUGAGAAGCCACUCUAGUGGAGGCCAUGAAGGUCGGCGAAGCAGCCAGGAGCUCUCAUCACCAGGCUCGGACUCUGAGGAGGCAGGCGGCGCACGCCUAGGGCGCAUGAUCUCUUCCAUUUCUGAGACGGAGCUGGAGCUGAGCAGUGACAGUGGCAGCAGCAGCGGCCGCUCCUCACACCUCACCAACUCUAUCGAGGAGGCUUCGUCCCCAGCCUCAGAGCCUGAACCUGAGCCCGAGCCCGAGCCACUACAUGAACCUCCCCGCCGCCCUGCCUUCCUGCCUGUGGGCCAGGACGACACCAACAGCGAGUAUGAGUCCGGCUCUGAGUCUGAGCCUGAUCUGAGUGAGGAUGCUGACUCGCCCUGGCUACUCAGCAACCUGGUGAGCCGCAUGAUCUCCGAGGGCUCCUCGCCUAUUCGUUGCCCUGGCCAGUGCUUGUCUCCUCCUGCACCACGCCCGCCAGAAGAGGCUGCAUCCCAGGCCAACCCGGUACCCCAGGACUGCCCAGACCCUGAGGCAGUAGCAGGGCCCCACGUGGAGUUAGUGGACAUGGACACCCUUUGCGGGCCACCUCCGCCGGCCCCUGCAGCACCUCGGCUUGGUCCAGCGCAGUCUGGGCCCUGCCUUUUCCUUAGUAACCCAACACGUGAUACCAUCACCCCACUUUGGGCCCCACCUGGACGCACUGCUCGCCCUGGCCGCUCCUGCUCUGCUGCCUGCUCGGAGGAGGAGGAGGAGGAUGAGGAAGAGGACGAGGAGGAUGAGGAGGAUGCUGAGGACAGCGUGAUUCCCCCUGGCUCCAGGACUACAGGCUCUACUGCGCCGCUGGAUGCCUCGCUGGUGUACGAUGCGGUUAAAUACACACUAGUGGUGGAUGAGCACACGCAGCUAGAGCUGGUGAGCCUGCGGCGCUGUGCAGGCCUGGACAACGACAGUGAAGAGGACAGCAGCUGCGAGGCCAGUGAGGAAGAGGCGGGAGCUACGUUACUAGGCAGUGACCAGGUGCCAGAAGACGCCUCUCCUGACAGCCCCGACCUCACCUUCUCCAAGAAGUUCCUCAAUGUCUUUGUCAACAGCACAUCUCGAUCUUCCAGCACUGAGUCCUUCGGUCUUUUUUCCUGUGUGGUCAAUGGAGAAGAGAGAGAGCAGACACACCGGGCUGUCUUCAGGUUCAUCCCUCGACAUCCAGAUGAACUAGAGUUAGAUGUGGACGACCCGGUGUUGGUGGAAGCCGAAGAGGACGACUUUUGGUUCCGUGGCUUCAACAUGCGCACCGGCGAGCGUGGAGUGUUCCCUGCCUUCUACGCCCAUGCAGUACCUGGUCCUGCCAAGGACCUGCUGGGGAGCAAGCGGAGCCCUUGCUGGGUGGAUCGCUUCGAUGUGCAGUUCUUGGGCUCUGUGGAGGUACCAUGUCACCAGGGCAAUGGUAUCUUGUGUGCAGCCAUGCAAAAGAUUGCCACAGCCCGGAAACUAACGGUCCACCUGCGCCCUCCUGCCUCUUGUGACCUUGAGAUCUCUCUGCGGGGGGUCAAGCUGAGUCUGAGUGGAGGAGGACCUGAGUUCCAGCGUUGCAGCCACUUUUUCCAGAUGAAGAACAUCUCCUUCUGUGGCUGUCAUCCCCGAAACAGCUGCUAUUUUGGCUUCAUUACCAAACACCCGCUGCUAAGCCGCUUUGCCUGCCACGUCUUUGUGUCCCAGGAGUCUAUGAGGCCAGUGGCAAGGAGCGUGGGCCGGGCCUUCCUGGAGUACUACCAGGAGCACCUGGCAUUCGCCUGCCCCACAGAAGAUAUCUACCUGGAGUAGCACUCGCCUCCCUCAGCUCCCAUCCACACAGCUCUGAGUAUCUCAAGGCCCGCCAUGGCUUGAGCAAGGACCGGAUCGGGGACAUUUGGAACCUUACCUUGUAGGAGUCUCUGGGCUGGGAACUUUUCUCCUUUAUCCCCAGGUCAUGGCUUUCGGGAGCUGUUGGGGAGAGGAGCCUCAGCAGCCAUACUUUUCUUCCGAUGCAUCUUUUUCCUCUCUCGUCCCGUUCUUCCGACUGCCUUUCCUCUGUCUCUCGCCCCUUUCUGUGCCUGUAGACCUAGCUCUUUGCUCUCUCUUUUGGAGUUAGAACCUGAGGGAGGGGAGUAGGCUCAAGGUAACCGAUGAAGUCAGGUUUCCCCGGUGUUCCCUCCUGCCCUUCUCUUGUGAUUUAUAAAUGAAUUUUAAUUUUUAUAGUGAAUCUCAAGGGAUCAUCCCACCUUUGAUCACAGGAAGGGAUCCUAGCCCCCAACUCACAAGGAGCUCGGGAAGGAGGGGGAGGGGCUUCCAAGAGAACCUUAGGGUGACUAGGUGGUUCUUGAUGCUCACCCAAAGCCCCCAAUGCUGCUAGGAGGAGGGCACCCCCCAAAGGGUGCUCCCCACAGGUCAUCUGCUUUUGCCGCUGCUAACACCCCUGCAGUCCAGCCAGUGAGUAUCUGCCCUGCGUGCGCCACCUGCUGUGUACGUGGGCCCCGCCCACGGCAUCAAUAAACUCUGCUUGGUGUGACCCUGGCUGUUUUUAAGGUGGUGCCCAGGUGGGGUCCAGGUCUCAGGUGCUGCCUGUGGUUAUGAAAAGGGAGGACCCAGGGUGAAGGGGUAACGGGAGGGGUCUUCAGUGCUUCCUGAAGUCCUGUUGAGGGCGGAUCACUGCAUGCUAUGCUAGAGCCCUGCUGAAGGUGUUGUCUGGAGGUGCUCACAGGAUUUACUCCGAACGCACUUGAUUUCCGGCAGAGAUAGCCCAGGUCUGAAAGUACUGGCCACGGACGCUGUGUCUUUCCCAUGUGAGGUAUGGGGAGAGUUGUGGCUCAGAUCGUGGUGGUAGUGGUGAUGAUGGUGGUGGGGUGUAUGUGUGUGCGCGCGUGUGUGUGUAUGCCACGAACAACUUGAGAAAUAAUGUCUUUGGGUCUCACAAAUUGGUAUUUUUUCAAAGUCUUACACAGUAAGCCAGCAGAAAAUAAGUAACUUAAAAACAAAGCAAAAACAAAAAACUGUGCCUGUAGGGGACUUUAGAUCCUCACCAAGAUUCUUUCCUGGGGCCCCCGAAUGACUGGAACCUCGGGGGAAUGAUCCUUUGACAGUAGGUGGCCCCUGACCUUAGGCAGCACCACAGAAAGAGAACAGGUGAUGGCUGUGAGUCACACAGUGAACAAAGGAAUGAUUUGACAGUUUGCUACAUAAAAAUAAAAAACAUCUUCUUAGCCUGGUGUGGUAGCACACAUUUAACAGAAGAACAUUGGAGGCUGAGACAGGAUGGCUGUGACCUUAAGGCCAACCUAGGCUCUAUGAUGUGAUCCUCCCCCUCCCACUCCAGAAUAGUAACUAUAAAAAUCAUCUUUACUUAAAGGUCUCUUCAGUGUGCCAACAAACAAAAAUAUUCACGAUAUGUGCGAAUAUCAGGGACGAAGACCAGUUGCUGUGGAGUUGUCAUUUUUUAGCUCAUGUGCCAGGGACAUCCCAAGUGUCCAGGAGAAUCUGUAAAUAUCUUUCUGCUACUUAGCAGAGGCCGGAAAGAGGCAGGCAGCCACUUGGGGGCAGCAUGAAACCCGCACCCCUGUGCUGGGUGGUGGAGGCAUGGCCUCCAGGCCUACACAGCUCAGCAGCAGAGACCGCCCCACCUCCAGAUACGUAUCCUUUCUGCCCUGUGUCCCUUCCAGGGCCCAGGCUUCCUCCCCUGACCCUCUCUGUCUCUUUGGCUUUUCAGAUGGUUAGCAUUUUUCCUCCUGCCUGGCAAUUAGGACAGCUGUGGGACAUGCUUGGUGGCCUUUCCUUGCUGCUUUCUUCCUACCUCUCUGGUUGCCCCACAAGCCCUGUCCUGUCCUUACUGGCUUCAAGGCAGGCAAGCAUAGGGAAUAGCUUAGUAACUUGGGACUCCACUUAGUCUGGGCUACACCCCUCUUCUGGCAUCCUUACCUGCAUGCACAUGCACAUAACACCCCUCUCCAGUGUGCCUAGCAAACCUGUUGGCAACCUAGGACUCCCACCUGCACUGAGAUGCACAAGAUUCCACUCUGGAAAGUGGGAUGAGUUUCUCUUCCUCUUAAGGAUUUACUACACUUUAGAUCUUAUUCAGUCAUAUUGCAGUUAUGUCCAGAAUCAGAACAGGGAGACUGGCUUGGUGUGAACUGGACUGGGGUGCAUUGUGCAUUAAGGCAAAAUGUUCUGUAGGCAAACUUUUAGGGGAGAAUUCCCUAUUUACCACUUUACACCUAUGAGUAGUUGGACGUGCAUAUGAUUAAAACAAGAUGCGUUACGGGAAGAGACCUGUGCACUGGACGGAGGGCUUCUGUAUUCCAAGCCUGCCCCUCAAAAUAGAGAACCACCCAAACUCUGCCAACAGUGUCUCCUCCUUCCUCUGCUCUCCAUAGAAGAAGCCUCCAGGCAUCAACCUGGAGUCCGUGCGCAUCUUCACUCAUACGGCCCCGGUCACUCGUGAUAUCAUAGUUGACCUGUACUAUCGCUUUGCUUUGAAUAAAACUAACCUGGCUCAUGA